ACAACAAACUACUACAAAUGCAGCCUAAACAACUACAAAGAAGACACAAAAUUAUUUCAAAGAGACACAAAAUGGUCCCAAGGAGACACAGAAUUUCAACACGGAGGUGCAAAACAGCUGGUUUGAGAUAUUCUGAUGGUAGACAAACUGAAAAAAAGGAAGAAAAAGAUCAUGAGGCCGGUCUGUUGUUGCAGAAAAUGUAAAUCUUUUACAGAUCACCUACUCGAGCAGGUGGAUGUGGUUCAGAGCUCAUCAGCAUUAAUGCUAAGCUGUGUGCUCUCAUGUGUUAGUCACAAGGUUGGAAACAAAGGUCACCUAAUGUUCUCUUAGUCGGUCACAAACAUUCAGGAUGCUGAAAACACCAGACAUGCUUCUUCUCUUCUGUCUCGUCGGGGCAGCGAAUGCCCUGCACAAACAGUGGAUUCCUGACACUAACUAUGAGAACGAGACUAACUGGGACAAAGAUACUGUUCCUUGUGGCAAUGACAUGGUUCAGUUUAAAGCCCAGAGGAAAGUGUCAGUGUUUGUGGAGACCUCGCAUGCUGUGCGGGAGAUGAGGCUGCCAGUUGAUGGAGAAUUCAUCCUGAAUUCAGGAGCUGGAUUUUAUGUCAUGAAUGGACAAGAUCCAGGCUGCGGAGAAGGUGUCGUGACCCAUUUCAAGGAUUCAGAGUCUCUUCAGUGGUUUAACCCCGCUUUGUGGCAAGCUGCCGCAACUUUGGAUGAUCUGCAGAGUGGAAACUUCCUGUUCUCAGUCCACGAGGAGAGCGUCCCUUGCCAGCAUGACGAUGUGGUUUUUAAACAGCAUUCAUCUUUCAGGGUGGACACCAGCUCCAGUCAGUCUAGCAUUGCUGUCAAGUCUGUGUCUGUGCUGGGGAAGAAGUUUGUGAGCCAGUCUGAGUUCUCCCAAUAUCUCGGCUCACGCUCAGGCCAGCUGCAGUUUCAUGGAUCCUCCGCUGUCACUGUUGGAAACCAAGAGUGUGGGGAUCCUACCGGCUGCGACUGUGGGAAUUCUGCAGUCCACCAGCAGAUCUGUAGCACUGUAAAAUGUGCCUCUGUGAGCUGUAAGAAGCCUAUCCUCCCUGUCGGACACUGCUGUGAUAUUUGUGGUGCCAUUGUCACCAUCCGCUAUGCCGCUGGUUUCAACCUGCAAACUUACAGGCAAAGAAUCCAUCACCUGUUUCUCACGCUGCCACAAUAUGCAUCCAUUCAGCUGGGCAUGUCUAAAGUCUUCAAGUCACAACGAUUGAUGGGGAUUGUCCCUUUUGGUACCUCACCAGAGAUCCAGGUGGCUAUCGUGGAGGGAGAGAAGGGAACAAAGGCAGAAGAUCUGGCCAAGGACAUAGUGAAAGACGCAAACUCUCACAGCUCCAACUUGGGAAUCACUGAGGCUGAAUUUCAAAGCUCCUCUGGGGGCAGCAGUGGUCAGCCUGGAGACAAUGUUGGGAUGGUGGUCGGAGUUGUGUUUGGAGUUUUGCUCAUGAUCACACUCGUUGUCGUCAUGGUCGUCCUGGUUCAAAGGGGAGUUUUGCACAUGCCAUUAUCGCUGCAGUCUCUGAUCAGCAGGAGAAGAAGCGAUGUUGGAGAACUUGGUGGACCUCUUGACCAUGGCUUUGAUAAUCCCAUUUUUGAUAAGCCCAACAUGUUGCCUGAUAUUCCCGGGGCUAAUGCGACUGAAACAAAUCUUUCGAUCUCCAUGACCCAAACUGGAAUGCACUUUGUAAAUCCAGCUUAUGACGAGAAUGAAACAGAUUUUAAUGCCUGA